AUGGAUUGGAUAGAGAAGAUAACAGGAGUUAUUGCCUCGUUGCUAAGCUCUCAGGUUCCCGAGAGGUGUUUAUCUGGUAGUCCUAUGGGCAGUAGCCAUCAUCGAUCCGCUAGUGAUAGCCUAUCCAAACCCCGACUGCCUAUAAGUUGUUCAAUGAAAUUCCUAAGGCAAUUAAGGUAUGAACCAAAAUAUGUUCCUGACUAUGCAAUUUUUAAAGGGAAAGCAGCACUUUCUAUUGCCCCUGUUCUUCCUAGUUUUAGUAAAACAGAUGUUCCAGCUGAUGGGAUUUUCAUUUUUGGUUACUCUCUUUCUAUUGAUGAAUCAAGUAUGAUUGGAGAGAGUCACACUGUUGAUUUAAUGGCUGGGUGCAAGGUGGCUGAUGGUAGUAGUACUAUGAUGAUUAGGCUAUCUGCCUAUGAAAUGAUGGGUUCUGCAACUACAAUUUGGUGUGAUAAAACUGGAACUUUGACUUUGAAUUUGGUGGGAUAUUUUUCUUUUCUUGGUAGCUCACAAUACAACUGGCAAUGUAUUUUCCCCUGA